AUGAAGGUGCUUUCCUUUUACAAGAAACUCCUGACAGACGAAAAGGAAGCGAAAGACGUCGUAGCUGCCCCAAAGAGAAAGUUGGCUAGCGCACAGGAAAGGAAGGAUCUCAAACAGGCCAAAAAGAUUGCCAAAGAAAAACUGAGACGCAACAAGCAAUUUCUCUGCCAGAAAGCCUUCCCAGAAAUAGUAGGCAAGUCCUAUGUCUGGAAAUGGUGGAAAACUGCCAAGAGAGAGGCUUGGGAUCAACUUCCAGAGCAGGUGCAGUGGCGGCUUGUUGCCACGCCCAACACAUGGCGUGCCAAAUUGGGCUUGCCAAGAAAAGGGCGUGAGGAAUUUCGUCGAUCAAAAAUUCCUGAGCCAAUCCAGAUCGAGUUGGAUUUCCUAGUGCUCGAGCAUGCUCGCGGCAGAUCGGAUGUUUCCGAGCGCCGCGAGGUGGUCACUACAGAUCACGCAGCCACCCUCAAGGGCCUCAUCAAUGAUUGGAACUCCUCCUAUGACGAGUCGAAACAGAUUGUGGAAGCACACAACAAGGAGAUCUUGGCAAAAAUCGACGCUGGAACUUUGACAGCAGAGGCUGCCAUCAGAGCUUUGACACCAUUGCCAAAACAAGUUGAAAUGCCAACCAAAUCUUGGUGCCGGCAUUUCCUGCGAAACUUUGGGUACAGCCUCCUAUCAAAUGGAUGUGAUACGCAAGCUUGGCUUCCAUAUUCCCACCCGGAUAUGGAAACAUCCCGUGCCCACAUGCGUGAUCUUCUUCAAUCAAAAUGUCACCCUGCUUUGGUCCUGAACUACGACCAGAUGUGGCGUACAGCCUUCUCUUUUGGGGGAAAGCUACUCUGGAAAGAUCGACAGGACGCGGGCAGGAGAUGUUUGAAGCGGAAGGUGGGCCCAAAAACUGACAAGAAGCAGCACCACAUCAAAGGCAGCCGCCGGAGCAUCACAGCCCUCACGUCGUCUUGGAGCGACGGCAGUCGCGGCCCUAUCGCUUUUUGCAUUCCCGAGCAGGCAAUGCCAAUUGCAGACAUCAAGCGCUUCAAUGAGUCCCAUGUUGGAGAAUCGAUGAUCAUAUCUUCCCAGACAUCUUCUCACUUUAUGAAUGCCGACACGUAUGGUUUGACUGUCACCGACGAGAACGCACAGGGGGUCCAUGUGGUAUUCCCUUCAUCGGAUGCUUCCUCCUCGAAAGCAACCCGGUGGAUGGUCAAGCCACGGACAAGAACUCCGUUUGAGAAGCUGGACAUUCGUGCGAAUGGCCAGGUGAAACGCGAAGUGGCAAAUUGGCUGAGUGUGGCCGAGAUGUCAUACAAGGCUUGGACCUCACUCGAGCGCAAGGUGUUCCAGUCCGCGUGGAUCGUGUGCGGCUAUGUAGAUUCGCUGGUCGGAACUGAGCACAUGGAGCUACCUAGCAUGAAUGAGGCCCAAGAGCUCUUCAAUGACCUUUUCAAAGACUAUGGUGUAGCCAGCACUCCUCAGCGCUGCACCUCCUUCGAGUGGCAGAUUCAAGUCAAUGACGAGUGGCAAUCACUUCCGUAUGAGAUUGCCAGUUCCUAUGUCCGCACCUUGAUGGUCCACUGUCACGAGUUAUUUGAAGCAAAAAAGAAAGCAGAGGCACUACUUGGGGAAGAUCCAGAAGAGAAGAAAAAGAAAACAAGGGAUGCAAAAGAGCUUCAUGAAUCCCUGAAAAAAUCGCAAAGAUGGAUCGUUUUCAACCCAAAAACGGGGCAGCUGGCUACGCAGCACUGGCUGCAGAAGCACAUCAAAGCCGACGCUGCGGGCAAACCAGUGGUGAAGAAUUCCAAAUCGAGAGUCAAGCCAUGGGUCAUGGUUUUCCACUUUGAGUCCCAGGAUGGCGAAACAGUGCUGUCUUUGCAGAGAGACCCGGACAAACCCCAACAGAAAAUUCGUUGUGUUGACAUUCGAAACGGUCAAUCCCAUGCUGCUCUUUCUUUCUUCAUGCAGGGUUACCAGCAUUUUCUGGAUGAAGAAGACGAGCAGGAUGAUGGGGAGGAAUCGGAGGAUACGAUGGUUGGCGAAGAUGAAGGACUAGAAGGUCUGCCAUGUCCACGUUAA